AUGGCGUUAUCCCCGGCGCUUUUACACUCAGCCGCAUCCACAUUCCACAGCCAGUUCCCGCUAACGUCCAUCCGGGUGCCGGCCUCCGCACUCCGCAGAGCCAGGCCACCGAACAGCCAAUGCGCCAUGUCAUCUGUGGUCCUGGUAGAGAAAAGCGAAGCCGAGAAAGUCAAUCGCCUCAAAACCACUUACAUCGAGAAAAUCGUCCCCUUGCUCAAAGAAGAGUUCAAAUACACCAAUGUUCACCAGGUUCCAAAAGUUGAAAAGAUUGUGGUGAAUUGCGGUAUUGGAGAUGCUGCACAGAAUGCGAAGGGGUUGGAAGCGGCUAUGAAUGAUUUGGCGCUCAUUACGGGUCAAAGGCCGAUAAAGACGAGAGCAAAGAAUGCUAUUGCUACCUUUAAGAUAAGAGAAGGCCAACCGCUUGGAAUUGCAGUUACUCUAAGAGGAAAUGUGAUGUACUCUUUUCUUGAUCGACUCAUUAAUCUGGGGCUUCCUAGGACGAGGGAUUUUCAAGGCGUGAGCUCCAAUAGCUUUGAUGGGAAUGGAAACUACAGCAUUGGCUUCCGUGAGCAGAGCGUUUUCCCGGAGAUAAGUUAUGAUAUACUCGGUAAGCCACGGGGAAUGGAUGUUUGCAUAUCCACAAUAGCUAAUACAGAUAAAGAAGCCCAUAAAUUACUUGCUCUUAUGGGAAUGCCAUUUAGAGAAGGUGGUGGUGGCCCUACAACCGUGGUACGGAAGAAAAAGCUUAAAUCUCACCAUUUUGACUCGAAGUCGAAAUCAAGGCAAAGAACCCAGAAGAGGUAA